GACCACGCAUGCAUAUUUUUUUCGUAAUGUAGAUUCUUCGCUCCCAAGAGUUGGUUUCACAAGGUUAACUCAUUUCCUUCCUUUUAUUUUCUCUCAUCUGUUGUCGCUUGAUUGCAUUCUUUUCUUCGAAAGCUGGAAGGUUUGCGUUAGAAACAACCAGUAUCUCUUUCGCCCUCCCCACCUUUUUUUUUCGUGUCUUUCGUUUGCGCGCUCUGUAGUUCUUGUCUUGAGCUACAGGUACCACGUCAUUCGGGCAAGCCUUGUUCCGCACCAGGGUACUCGAUCCUAGCAAGAGCGCAGGUCGCUAUCCCAUAAACCGAAAGAUGGCGGUUGUUGACGCCGCCGCCCGCAAAAGGGUCCUCAGGGUGAUAUUCAUCUCCCUGCUGCUGGAUCUGAUAUCAUUCACCUUUAUCCUUCCACUGUUCCCGAAGCUGCUCGAGUUCUACCGAAAUAGCGAGGCGCCCACUGGCUUGCUAGACAAGCGGCCCCGUACCCUACUGUCGAACGUCUUGGACUACCUCAACGCCUACAAAGCCGCCUUUGCGCGCCCCAUCGACUCCCGAUAUGACAUUGUACUGCUUGGUGGAGCUCUGGGGAGCUUGUUCUCCCUGCUCCAAGCUAUCGCAUCCCCUAUUAUCGGUCAACUCUCGGACCGCUACGGCCGCCGAACCGCACUUCUCUCCAGUAUGAUGGGCAACAUUCUUUCCGUGCUGCUCUGGGUCAUGGCAGUCGACUUCCGCACCUUUGUCCUGUCGCGAGUCGUCGGCGGUCUGUCAGAAGGCAACGUGCAGCUCGCGACCGCCAUCGCUACCGACAUCUCCGACGAGAGCAGCCGAGGCUCUACGAUGGCCCUCAUCGGGGCCUGCUUCUCCAUCGCUUUUACGUUCGGCCCCGCGCUCGGCGCAUACCUCAGCUCCAUCCCCUUGGUGGCAGCGAACCCGUUUGCGACCGCUGCUGGCUUCUCGCUCUUCCUGAUUGUGGCCGAGACGAUAUACCUGUAUGCUGCGCUUCCCGAGACUCUGCCGGCUCUCACCGAGACCAAGAAGAGUGCGAGCGCCAAGGGUAACGACACUACCACCAAGCCCAAGAGCGCCGUCAGGACCAACUCGCACUUUAUGCUGAACGCCACGCACCUCUUCUUCCUGCUAUUCUUCUCGGGCAUGGAGUUCUCGCUGCCCUUCAUGACGUACGAUCUCUUCGGCUACACCUCGGCUAAGAACGGGCGCCUGCUCGGCUACAUCGGCCUGGUGGCCUCGAUACUGCAGGGCGGUGUCACGCGGCGCCUGCCGCCCCUCAUGACUGUCCGCGUCGGCGUCGUGGCCUGCCUGCUGGCCUUUGGAAUCCUCAGCCGCGCGUCGUCCGUGGCGGCGCUCUACGUUGCCGCAACAUGCCUGGCCACGACCUCAGCGACCGUCGUGACGGGCCUCAACACGCUCAGCAGCCUCGAGGCCGGCGAGGCGGAGCGCGGCGGCAAGCUGGGCAACCUGCGCAGCUGGGGCCAGCUCGGCAGGGGGUUGGGGCCUGUUCUCUUCACGAGCAUCUACUGGUGGGCCGGGCGUGAGACGGCCUACACGAUCGGUGCGCUGGGCAUCGCGGGCGUCAGCGCUGGUGUCUUUAUGGGGCUCAAGUCGCCCCCUGGGUUUGGGAAGGCUGGUGCUAGCCAGGCGCAGAACGGCGCCGGGGAGAAGAAGGACUUGUAAUAUUUGCUUGGUGUAAACGGUAUAUACGACUGAAUGGUGGUGUGACAUGGGUAACUAGAGGCCUUUUUUAUUCAAAUUCUAUUUAUUGACUUGCCACAAGAACA